UGACGUCCCGCAGAAGAGCCCCGCGGCCUCCGCUGACAUUUUCUCUGGCGUCGGGGGCGCGGCGGAGACCCGGCUCCUCCCGGCCGCCCAUGCUCCAGCUGCUCCCCCCCGGGGGGGAGGCCAGAAGGGGCCUUCGCCGUUCAGGCUGCUGUGUUGCUGAAAACCACGACUAGCUAACCCCGUCUUCCAGGCUGCGUGCUCCAUGCUUUGAGACCGAGGGGACCUUGGUGUUCUGAAAUGAAGAUGGAGGCAGUGGGAAAAGCAGAAGAACUUUUGGAUUCAGAAGUUCCACAGAAGGCUUCUGAGAAGCAGGAGACAGCUCCUGAUGAAGAUGGACCUAUAGAACUGGAGACACAUACUCAGAAAGACAGCGUGCCCACUGCAUCAGACUCUGCAGUGCUCUCUUCCAUGCCUUGCUUACUGAUGGAACUGAGACGAGACUCCUCAGAGUCUCAGCUAGCAUCUACAGAGAGUGAUAAGCCAGCGGGCGGUCGAGUUUAUGAGAGUGACUCUUCUAAUCAUUGCAUGCUUUCUCCUUCUUCCAGUGGGCAUUUGGCUGACUCAGAUACGUUGUCUUCCACAGAAGAGAAUGAGCCCUCUCAAGCUGAAGCUGCUGUGGAAGAAGAUCCUUCUGGGGUCUCUGGGGGUGCAGCUGGGAGGAAAUCCAGGCGAUCCAGGUCCGAAAGUGAAACUUCAACAAUGGCUGCCAAGAAAAACCGACAGUCUGUCGAUAAGCAGAAUGGUCGAGUUACCAAGGUAAAAGGUCACCGAAGCCAAAAGCACAAAGAAAGAAUCCGGCUGCUAAGGCAGAAACGGGAAGCAGCUGCUCGCAAGAAGUACAACCUGCUGCAGGACAGCAGUACCAGUGAUAGUGACCUGACGUGUGACUCGAGCACGAGCUCAUCAGAUGAUGACGAAGAGGUUUCAGGGAGCAGCAAGACAAUCACUGCAGAGAUACCAGCUGGCUUCAGUCGUGCUGGGGGAUCUGGAGGAGCGACCAGGGAAAUUCCAGGAUUGCUUGACAGGGGCACCGUGUGGGAUAGGAACUGCAUAGGCAAUGUCCUGGAAGAGGCCAUGAACUGCUUUGCCGAGAUGCAGAGGCAGACAGAGGAGAAAUUUCGCAUGUGGAUAGAAAAGCUAACCCGUCUUGACACGGAUGAAGAAAGCAAGCAGCAACUGGAGCCCAGGGAACCUAAAAUGCAACUAGUUGGCCAAAGAGUCCCCCCUACCACACAGUCAGGGGCUUUCAUGCAGAUGCCUGAUAGCCAAGUACUUCCUCAGCAGUCGUUUAAUACUUACGUGGGCUAUCAGAAUGUCGAUGCUACGCUAGAGUUUCCAGCGACUUUUAAUAACAAUUUUCCACCUAUCUUUCCAGAGAAUGGGAAUAUUGCAGAGCCUGAUUUGAAUCAAUCAUAAACUUACAUCUAUAUAUCUUGAUGUUACUUUGGAUUAUGCUAAAAACAAGGUUUGCUUUUCAUAUUUAUUUGUUUUUCCCUUCUGGCUUUGAUUACCGUGGCAACUUUGUUUUAAUUAUAGAGAAUAUAUAUGUAGUUUAAAUUAAAAAACAAAACAAAACAAAACAAAAAAAAAACAAAAACAAAAACAAACAAAAAAAACCACCCAAAAACACAGCAUACCUAUGUGCAUGUGCCAGCACAGACAUAAACACCUGCAGAGGGAGGGGGUGGGAGGGGAAAUGCUGUGGGCUUUCAUCACCUGACUUGGGAAGAUGUAAGUUAGAGUCCUUGUUUAAAUACUACAGAAGCCAUACAGCUACAUUUGUUACGAUAGGAGCGUUCAGACUGUUCAUCCAAAUGCUCUUCCUGCAUGGUAAAACAUUUAAGUAAGGAAAUAAGUUUUAUAUUUAAGGAUGUACCCUAGAGAACCAGACUAGUUACAGACCUGUAACAUUUCCUUAACUCUGUGCUCACUCCCAAGUUCUGCAGCUUGAAUACGGCACGCAUUAUUUUUUCUUUUUCCUUUUCAGGCAGAAGUAAUAAAUAAGCUUACCCUAAAGAUUUAGCUAUAUAUAACCAAUGUGCACAACUGACAUUUUGUCUCCUGUUUAGUAGAUCAUUUCUUGUCUGGAGUUUUUAUUAAUGUCCCUGCUGUGUUGCAUAUGGCAUAUUUAUGGAAGCAGCUGUCUUUACAGCGUGUGCAAAAAAUAUGCACAUGUAUACAUAUCUACGUGGUCAGUUUGGGUGGAAAUCAUCUCCUCUAACUUUAGGUGUCUGGUUUGCUGUUCUGCAGAUCUCAGGAAAGAGAGAAGUGCCUACAGAGGAUAUCCCCUGGCAAUGUCUUCCUCUUCCAUGAGUUAUCAGCUUCCAAACAGAUAAGAUAACUUUGGGCUACAGUUAGGCGAGAUGAAUCAUGCCCAAAGUACGUUGUGUGCAUGCAUGACCCGUGCACACAAAGCACUGCUGCUUCCUUAUGUAUAUAUGAGCAAUCUGCAUCCUUCAUGCUGCAGUACAAAUAGUGGUGUCAGUCCUGAGAUAAGUGGCUGCUGGUGGGCAGGUUGGUUCUUUGCACAGGAAUUUAAGUGAAGGGGUGACAGACAGAUCAGUAAGCACUGUGCUGGUCUGAAGGUGUGGUUUGCCAGAGCCAGAGCUUCUGAAACUAGCUGAAAAGCCACUGAGAUUGUUAUUCACCUGUGAGUGGGAAUGCCAGGACGUUAGUUUUAUUUAAAUAAUACAAUAACUUGCUAUCGUGUGGAUUUUUUUAUACUGAUAGUUAUCCUGAAUAGACAGGCUCAAAACUGUGAUGUUUAAAGUAGAAUUAAUUUAAAAUAUAUAUUAGAAAACUCUAUUUAAUUCUUACUGCUAUCGCUACAAACAGGGAUUGUUGUUCACCUCUCCAGUAAGGCCUUUCUUCACGUGAAGUAACUCCUCCAUAGCUACCAAAAAUGAACAUUUCUCAUCAAUUAGAACUUGUUAAAUGAUUCUAAUGCACAUGAAAUAGAAAUUGCGGUGAAGGAAGCGGAGAGUCUUUGUGUAGGCAUGGUUUAAGCAAAGAGAACACUGUAGGUCUCUUUAGGCUCUGGUUCUUGUACAUCAGUCGCUGCUGAUUAUUUUUUUAUUUUUAAUUAUUUUAGUGCAAUUCCUUUUCUUUCUGUUGGAAUUCAGCACUGUAUCUUCCUCUUAAUUUCUUCCUUCUUGAAGUCAGCAGGUGUUUUUCCAUCAAUUUGCAGUUUUUGGAUCAAUCCUGUAAAGGAAACCCAGUAAGUGCUUUUUAUUCUCAGCGCUGUCACGGGUGCUUCAACAUUAUUGUUUUUCCCCCCCUUUUUUUUUUUUUUUUUUUUUUUUUUUUUUUUAAAAUACGUGAUGCCUUCAUUAAAAGAGAGCUUAGAGAGCCAUGUUACUUUCAGAGGACCUGCCUGGAGGACUGUGCAGGAGGCAAUUUUUAAGGACUGGAAUAAAUUCUUUGCAGAUGACCUUCGUAAUUUUGAUACAAAGAUUUUGAUACAACCUUAGGAGAAAACUCCCUCAUCUGAAAUGGUCUGCAUUUGUAACUGACCUGUGGGUAAACUGUCACGGGUUAAUUUAUGUUUAUUUACCAUUUAGUACACUUGUUUAAAAUCAAAAUCCUUUCAGGGAAAAUCAUUUACUGAUAUGGAGAAAAAAAAUAAUUCCUUCUGUUGUUCGUAGAUUUGCUAUGUAUGCCUUUAUGACAAUGAUAAGAGCAGCAUAUUUCAAAGCAUGACAACUUUACAAGCCUUCCCAUGCAUGCAGAAGCAGCUUUUUGCAGUGACUGCUUUCUUUCCAUGCGCAGGCAUUGCUUUAACUCGGUGUCUCUGUAAGCAUGCUGUUAACUUUUUUUAAUAAAUAAAAUAGUAUAUAUAGGACAGUUAAGCAUUUCCAAACAAAUUUUGGAAGGGGAUCUGCUGAACUUAUUUUUCGCUGAGAUUUAAACUGACUUUUAUGUAGUGAUCUCAUAAAUGGAGAUUAACUUUGGGGAUGUAGCCAGUGAAAUCUCUGCCAAUCUUCAGUAUCUUGUGCUUUUUUUUUUUUUCUUCCUUUCUUUCUUUGAAAAUGGAAACCACGUACAUCAGAGCCUUCAGCUGUCCUAACUGCCUUCAGUGCAUGAGUUAGGGAAUACCUGCUCUAUUAUUGUUGAGAUGAGGUCCCCGUUGUCUGCUCAGGCAUCCUAUGGUCUGACCUAGCAGGAGCGUCGGAUGGCUUUGGAGCAUCACGACGCAGCGCCCUGCAGGCAGCAGUGCCAGUGCUGUGAUGAUUCUGUGUUUCAGGUUGGGCAUCUCUUUGAGCCAGCAGCUUUCAGGGCUCCUGAUAGGUAACUUCAGAUUUUCCUUUUCUUUUUUUUUUUUUUGUUCUGGAGAACUGGAAGUAUUCUCACUGUAGUACAUGACUGCGGUUGGUUUGUCGUGGUUUCCAUUUUAGGCUUAUUUUCAAAGGGCUUUGACUAGAAACUUUCAGGGAGUUAGAACCUAUUUAGCUGAAAUUUUAACAUUAAUUUUGAUCUCGUCCAUUCAAGUGUUUCAUUGAAGUAGUCCAGCUUUAUUGAAGGGUAUCAGGAGCAAUCUCUCACUCCCAGUUGGAGAUAGGUUUUGAAUGUACGUUUAUGUUCACAUCUCAACACUUUGCUCCAAAACCACUGAGUCUAGCAUACAGAAAUGAGUAGUUUUGCCCAGAGGUGGAGAAUCAAAUUUGGAAUUUUUAUACUUUUCCUACGUCUUAUACUUCAGAAUGGAGUAAAGAAACAUCUUUUCUUGUUUGCUUCCUAAAUAAAUAUUUGCAAUUUUAUGGUUUUGGAAGAGCAAAUGAGUCAAGCUAGAUCAGUUGGUGCAAACAGGUAGAGCUCCAGUAGCCCAUUCAAGCUCCUGGAUUACCAUUUUUAAUACUGAAUUAUGUUGAGUUUGGAGGGCUUAUUUAGGAAAUAAAUAUAUGUUUUUUAAAGCAGCACACAGCUUAAAACAAAUUCCAAGUCAGUAUUUCUAUUGCAAAAAGUGGUGGGGAAAAAAAAAAGACAACCCAACAUCUUAGACCUUCAGACAGACUGUUUCUUUGGUGUUAUGGCAAAAUAACCCAGGCAGAGGUACACACCUGUAUUGAAGUUCAUGGUGUCUUGUAGUGUUGCUGCAGGAUUGUUGGGUUACUUUAUUGGAGUGCUAAACUCAGGAGCGGAGGACCAAUCUUGACUCCAAUGAACUGGGGUUAUGUCUGGCAGUUAUUUUGCAAACUGGAGCAUAUUUAUGUUAUGACAGAUGUUUCUCGUUGAUGUAUUUUGUUUCUUCCUGUAUCACAUACUGUAAACGUCACCAAAGGCAUUGGAAAUUAAAUCCUAGCCCCAUUAAAACCAGUAGAAAACUUCUACCCAAUGGGGCUAGCAUUUCACCUCGUUAAAAGCUGAACUUGCUGAGCGGUUUUUUGGAUGCAGAGUGCUUUAAAGGAGCCCCUGCCUUGUGGGAGGUGUAAGUUGGGAUUCCUGAGCAGAUGCUCCUGUAGUGCUGGAGGUGUGAUUAAGAGCACUUGAACAACUUGUACUGUAGAAGCAAAAUCCUCAGGCUGAUUGAUGAGGAUGGACAGUACUUUGCAAGUACUGAGCUAGAAACUAGUCUUUCUGAGAAAUGUUAUUAGUCUCAUGGUGUUGGAUCAGAGCAACGAAGGCACAUGGAAAACAAGCUUAUUAAAUUAGAAGUGAUUUUGAGAGCUGUGUUAAAUCUCAGGCUAGCCAGGCAGUGGUGAGCCUGGAUCAGGUGCUGCACUGAGCCCUGCCAUGCAUGGGAGGAUGCAGUGUGCACUCCCCAAAUUUCCAACUCUAGGGAUUCUGAUUCCAAAUAGUGAUAUUUUUGGGAGAGGUGCCUCUGCUCACCUGCCCUGUGCCACUGGGGGAUUUACACAGGGGCAUUCCUGUUCUUGCAGAGAUGCAAGAGCAGGGUGAGAUGACUUUUGCAGUGGAAGAGAUCUGAGUGACAGGUCUGCUUCCACAAUUAAGGGUCAUUAAGCAGCACCAGUGAAAGCGAGCUCUGUCUCCAUGCGAAUCACACACUGCUGAUACUCAGCAAACAGCCAUCUAUCUCCACGUGCCUUUGCUGAACGCACAAUGAGAAUAACUUUGUGUCCCUCUGUGCAAUUUGGUGAAACGAAUCCAAGCUAUUUUCCAUCUGCUCAUCAAAAAGCCUGAAAGAACAUGAAUGUUGGUCAGUGAGACUUGCAUUUGAGAUCUCUUCUGGUGUGAUUAUAAGCAAUCCAGUCUGAGAACAGACUUUUAACUUGUGUUGUUUUAACUUCACUGUUUUAUAGUUUACUGUGUGAAAUGAAGGAAACUGUGAAAGAAAUUGAUUCAUUGAUCUUUUUUUUGUUGUUGUUGUUUCUCAACUUAUGAUUUUAGGGAGAAUGUUGUUACACUACUGUUGUUUUUCUUUUUCUUUUUUUUUUAAUUGUAGUGACCAUGUAUUCUUCGCCUAACCCUGUACAUUCUGAAAUGUAACUCCUGUAACCUGGAAUAAAUAAAUAAACCUAAAUAGUAAUGAAGCGUUUCAUGUUGCUAAACAACAAAAGUCUCCUGCCCUCAUCCUCCUCUGGGCACUGCAGCAGAGGUAGCUGGUUUAUGCCACUGGACUGCAGAUGCUUUGGCUGUAGUGCUGGGUUAUGUCUUAAGUAAUACCAGGUUUGCAAUUUCUACCUGGAACAAAAGAAGCAGUUCCUUUAGUCCGUAGUCUGAAUGGUGAAGCCAUUCUGUUCAGGUGAAGCUUAUGGAUGUGUCUGCUGCCAAACCUUUUCACUUACAGUAGAGUCCUCUAGAUCUUAGCUUCUGGCAUGCAAAAUCUCAUUGCUUUGCUUACUGCAGUGAUAAUUGGAGCUUUUGAUUUAUGUAUGGUUAUCAAGGUCCGUUCUUUGUUUUGCAUAAUCUCCAAGCAAAUGUAAUUAUCUUAAAUCCAUGUGAGGUGUAAAUGAUGGCAUUUUGGGGAUGUUUUAUUCUUUUAAAAUGUCUGUGUUCUCUUUUUUUUUAAAAUUUAAGAGCCAGUUCAGCUUAAUUAAGAAGCAGCCCUUGCUCUUUGGGCUUGCAUACAUGCCUGGAUCCCUCCAUGCUGCCUUUUUAGCUUUUGCAUGUUACAAGAAAGCAUUCCCAAGCACUAUUUUUAAACUCAAUGAUUUUCCAGUUAAAAUUAGCUCAGUGAUUGGAGGGCAAUGUCAUUUUCAGCAGUGCUGAGCUCUCCUCCUUGUUAGUCCUGAGCACAUCUCUGCAUGCCUCAGUUCCCCCGUUGGCAAAAUGAGCCACCUAAGAACCCUCUGAGCUCAGCAAUGGAAAGCUUUGUUAAGAAUAAAGGGCUGUAAUAAUUACUGUGAUUAUUAUGGUCCCUUCUGCAGGCAGGGAAGCUUUGUUCACACCUAAACAGGGCUUCACUCGGUGGCUCCAGAGGGCAAUUCUAGGCACCACAGUUAGCCUGUUAAUUUUGGAGUGAUUUCCACUGGGAUUGUCCUCUGGAGACAUCGGUCUUUUUCCUCAGCUUGC